CACAAGAAGGGUCUUUGGAUACCGAACUUCCGCAUCAGUCUUCAAACUUAGCUUCUCCCCAAAGUUAGGCGAGUGUCCUGCUCAGCACUGGGCUUGGAUCUCUGACAUGGAGGAUAUCCUGUCAUUCUGGGAUGUAGCCAUUUAUUUCUCUGCAGAAGAGUGGGAAUGCCUGGGCCCUGCUCAGUGGAAUUUGUACAGGGAUGUGAUAGUGGAGAAUUACAACAAUCUCGUGUUCCUGGGUCUUGCUUCAUCAAAGCCAUACCUGGUAACCUUUCUGGAGCAAAAACAAGAGCCUUCAUGUGUGAAGAGACAAGCAGCUGCCACCAUGUACCCAGGAAAAGAACAAUACACAAACAAAGAAUGUGAUAAAACCUUUCAUUGGAACUCACAACUUACUAACAAUCAGAGGAUUCAUUUAAGAAUGAAGCCCUAUAAGUGUGAAGAAUGUGGCAAGUCUUUUUGUUUCCCUUCAUUGCUUUCUAUACACAAGAGAAUUCAUACAGGAGAGAAACCAUUCAAGUGUGAAGUCUGUGGCAAGGCCUUCCAUUCUCCAUCACUGUUUUCUGUACACAAGAGAAUUCAUACAGGUGAAAAACGCUACAAGUGUGAAGUAUGUGGUAAGGCCUUCCAUUGCCCAUCAUUACUUUCUGUACACAAGAACAUUCACACAGGUGAGAAACCCUACAUGUGUGAAGUAUGUGGCAAGGCCUUCCAUUGUCCAUCUGUACUUUCUAGACACAAAAGACUCCAUACAGGGGGAAAACCCUAUAAGUGUGAAGUAUGUGGCAAGGCCUUCCAUUGUCCAUCAGUACUGUCUGACCACAAGAAUAUUCACACGGGUGAGAAACCCUACAAAUGUGAAGUGUGUGGCAAGGCCUUCCAUGCUCCCCCUUUACUUUCUGCUCACAAGAGAAUUCACACAGGAGAGAAACCUUACAAGUGUGAAGUGUGUGGCAAGGCCUUCCAUACCCCAUCACUACGUUCUGUACAUAAGAGAAUUCAUACAGGGAAGAAAGCAUACAAGUGUGAAGUAUGUAGUGAGGUCUUUAGCACCUCCUGGCAAAUUUCCAGUCACUUGGUAAUCCACUCUGGAGAGAAACCGUAUAAGUGUGAGCAUUGUGGAAAGGCCUUCUCUACAAAGUCAUACCUAACUAAGCACAAAUUACUUCACAAGAUGGAGAAACUUUACAGAUGUGAAGAAUGUGGCAAACAGCUCAACAGUUCUAGAAGCCUUCAAGAGCAUCAAAGAAUUCAUUCUGGAGAGAAACCCUACAAGUGUAAAGAAUGUGGCAAAGACUUCAGAACUUACACAGCACGUUCUAGACAUCGGACAGUUCAUAUUGGAGAGAAGUGUUACAAGUGUGGAGAAUGUGGCAAAACCUUUUACCAGUCUUCUGGUCUUAAGCAACACCAAAGAAAUCAUCUGUGAGAGAAAGCACACUGGUGUGAAGAAUGUGCCAAGGCUGUCUGGAUGUACAAAGAACUUUUAAAACACCUGAAAUCCAUAUUAGAGAGAAAUGCCACGGGUGUGAAAAAUGUUGCUAACUGUUCAAUAAGCUUUCUAGUAUUUCUCAGCACAAGACAGUUCAAACUGGAGUUGAACAGUACGAAUUUUAAUGUGUUCAUAAAAUAUUUUACACUGCUUCAGACUGUAAAAGGUAUCAAAUUUUUCAUUCUAAAUAGAAGCCUUAAGAGUAGAGAAUGUGAUAAACUUACCUAGCACAAAAGAAACAGAGUGGAAGGCAGCCAUAUACAUGUAAAGAAUGUAGCGAGUUUUCCACUGAAUGAAUGCUUUCUGACCUCUAUAGAAUUUAUCCUGAAGAGAAACACCACAAUUGUGAAGGGUAUGACGAUGCUUUUGAAGGCUCUUCAUAAACAAAAAAGAAGUUCUCAUACUUAGCAAUACCCCUACAACUGUGAAGAGUCAUCAUUCUGACCUUGCUAUACAAGAGUCUCUGCAAAUAUAGAGUAUGCCCAGGCCUUUAGUGAUUCUUUGUGACUGUUUCCCCAUCAUAGAAUUCAUAUUGGUAUAGUGCACUACAAAUGCUAAGAUUAUGGCAAAGCCUUUAUCUGACUUCCAUAUCAGAAGUGUCCUCUGAGACUUUUUAGUAGUAAGAAAGUCUACACACCCAAAACCAUGGGAAAGCCUUCAAUAAUAUCACUAGUUAUCAUAAACACAAGACUCCACAUAUCCAAAUAAUGUGAAAAAGCCUUCAAUGAUAUCACCAAUCAACACAAAAGUCUAUACAUCCAAAUAAUUUGAAAACACAUAUGUAAUAUUUUUAAUCUUCAUUAACACCAAAGAAUAUUCACUGGUUAGAUGUUCUACAAAUGCAGAUGUCUUGUUUCCUUCUGCUCUCAACUCCACACAGACAAACAAUAUGUGAUGGAGUCUCAAUUGAGUGAAUGCCUGGAUCUGAUUGACCCUUGGGCAUGUCUGUGGGUCUUUUUCAUGAAUUCUAUUUGACAUAAGAGAAUCUGGACCACUGGAUGAUGGCAGUGCACCUUGUGUAUGCCACUCUUGGUGACUUAGUCUUGGGUGUGUAAGAAGAAGAUGUAAAGUAAUAUUCCUCCAUGGUUUCUACUUUCACCUACUGCCUCUAUUUUUUAGCUGUGUUCUCCUGCCCUGGCUUCCAUGGAUGAUGAAAUACAGCUAGUGAACUGAAAUAACCCCCUUUCUCCCCUAAGUAGUUUUUUGUCAUGGUGUUAAUCACACCAACAGAAAUAAAACUAAGUAAACAAUA